AUGGACAGAGAUCGUGUUCGGCUUGCGGUGUACCAGUACCUUGUGGAGCAAGGAUUUGAUGUGGCUGCCAUGGCCAUGCAAGAUGCCAUGGAGGACGCAAGCGCUGUGAGGGAAGCCACAGAGGAAGCAUCAGGGCAGCUUCUGAGCAUGUUGGACGAGCUGGUCACCCUGCGCGAGACUGUCAACCCGACGCGCAAGCCAAAGCCCGCCCUUGAAACAGCCGCCAUCCAGCCCGACAACAGGUUCUGCGCCGUCGAAUACGCCUGCCUCCAGGGUCGCCAUGAAGGCAACGUGUUGGCGUGUCGGCUGAGCACAGACGGCAAGCUUAUCACCUCGUCUGCUGACCGCACGGUCGGGGUCACACCAGUGGAUGGCCUUCCGGAGGCUGUCUUUGCAGACGAGCCCACAGCCAAGUUCCCAAUGCCAUGCCCGAUCCUAUGUGUCGACUACAACCCCACCAACAACCUCAUGCUCGUUGGAGGAAUGGACGGAGCUACGAACGUGUUGGAUAUGGAAGGCAACGUGGUGCAGGCCGGGCCAAAGCACCGCAAGUACGUCGUGCGCGUGCGGUGGUCGCCGUGCGGGCAAUACUUUGCAACGGCGUCAUAUGAUGGCACCGCAGAGCUGUGGGCGCGCGGAACAAGCACGCGCAGUAAAGGCGAUGAUGGUGGCAGCGGCAAUGGAGACAACAGCGGGGAGGAGUACGAGCGGUUGCAGCAGUUCCACUUUGAAGGGAACGUGGAGUGCGUCACAUUUGCACCGCCGCUCGACACAGCAGCAGACACUGGUGGCGAUGACGAGCCCACAGCCAAGUUCCCAAUGCCAUGCCCGAUCCUAUGUGUCGACUACAACCCCACCAACAACCUCAUGCUCGUUGGAGGAAUGGACGGAGCUACGAACGUGUUGGAUAUGGAAGGCAACGUGGUGCAGGCCGGGCCAAAGCACCGCAAGUACGUCGUGCGCGUGCGGUGGUCGCCGUGCGGGCAAUACUUUGCAACGGCGUCAUAUGAUGGCACCGCAGAGCUGUGGGCGCGCGGAACAAGCACGCGCAGUAAAGGCGAUGAUGGUGGCAGCGGCAAUGGAGACAACAGCGGGGAGGAGUACGAGCGGUUGCAGCAGUUCCACUUUGAAGGGAACGUGGAGUGCGUCACAUUUGCACCGCCGCUCGACACAGCAGCAGACACUGGUGGCGAUGGUGACGACAACAACAGUGAUGAUGGUGAUGAUGAUGGUGAUGAUGGUGAUGACAACAAUGGUAGUGGUGGUGAUGAUGGAAAGGAGGGACGACCAGGGCAGCUGCUCAUCUGUGCGCGUGGCGAGUGUUGCCUGCACGUGUACGACAUUGCCUGCAAGCAAACUGACUACAUCAACAUGAACGAGCUGCUGGACGACUAUGUGAGCUUCUCUGCGAUGGACGCGUGCGUGAGUCCCGAUGGCAGAUAUGUGCUCGUCGCCACAGACCGCGACCGCCUCAUCCUCCUCUCCCGACAGCACAAAUGCCUGUUGAAGGUGUUCUAUGGCGCGAGCAACGGACAGUACAGCAACCCGCGCUGUUGCUUCCACCCGUCUGGCGCAUACGUCUACGCCUCAUCAGAGGCGAACGACGUUGUGGUGUGGGAGACGACGACACAAAAGGUCGUGCAGCGCCUCAAAGGCCACAGCAAGGUUAUCCGCGACAUGCACAUGUGUAGCGCCCACGAGAUGCUCGUCACGUGCUCCUACGACAAGUCCGUCCGCUUCUGGGGCGUCGAGUAG